AUGAGGAGCUCGGACAACGAUGAUGACGCAAAACUAAAGAAACUGAAGGUUGGAGAAGAAGAUCCUUCACAGUUCAAUCCAGGUGCCAUAGUGAGACUCAAACUUAAAAACUUUGUCACCUAUGCAUUGACAGAGUUUUGCAUGUCGCCCUCACUAAAUAUGGUGAUCGGACCUAACGGAUCAGGCAAAUCAACAUUUGUGUGCGGCGUUUGCCUUGGAUUAGCAGGGAAACCGGAGUUUAUUGGUCGUAGUAAAAAAGUCGAGGAUUUUAUCAAGAACGGAGAAGAAGAAUGUGUUAUUGAAGUAACAUUAAAGAGAGACAAUACAUCAAAUCAAGCAUAUGUUGACGACAACUAUUUGACCACGGUCACUCGGGUGAUUAAUCGCGAAAGGAAGAAGUCAACGUAUCUGUUAAACGGCGUGUCAGUUACAGAGCAAACUGUGAAACAAGUUGUCUCCGAACUCAACAUUCAGUUAGAUAACCUGUGCCAGUUCCUUUCUCAAGAGCGGGUCCAGGAGUUUGCCCGAUUGAAACCAGAUAAACUUCUCGUGGAAACAGUUCGCUCAGUUGACCUCGAAACCCUAGAUAUUUUUCAAGAAUUAAUAGAACUGCAAAAUACUGAGGUCACAGAGGCGAAGGAAUUGAGUGUGAAAGAACAUCGAUACUCAGAAUUGAGCGUCAGUCGCGAAAAGCUGGAGGCUUCAGCACGGACUUUAGAAGCCUUUCAGCAGAAAAAACAAGAAGUUAUGAUCCAUCAAAAGCUGCUUCCCUACGUGAAAGUGCAAGAUCAUAAACUAAAGCUCAAAUCGUACAAGAAGGCAUGCGAAGAAUCUAGGGCGCAGCUUAAAUCGCUUCUUUCUGACAAGAAACCAUUCAAAGAUAUACUGGACCGUAUUAGUCAAGAGGCCAUAGGUAAAAGAAUGAUCAAGGACGAUUUGGAGAAUCAGUUCAGGAGGGCGAAAGAAUCAUUUCCGAAGUACGUGGAGAAGCUGAAUCAUUACGAAGAGGAGGUCAAGUUGCUACAAAGCAAAAUUAAAAACUAUGAAGGGCGUACGGAAAGGAUCCAGGAGGAUAUCAAAAGCACAAGAGAGCAACUCAGGAGGGAAGAAAGCAAAUUGGCUAAUUUAAGCGUUCCCGAUGAAUCCCAAUUGGAACAUCUCUCCGAUGAAAGGAGAAAAGUCAACGAAAACAUACUGCGUCUCGAGAGCGAGAGGAGAAGUUUGCUAGAUACGAUUGAGAGCAUUCGCUACCGAAUCAAUUCACACAAAGAAUCUCUACGACGAAAAGAAUUGAAUUUGACAUCGAACGAUAGAAUUGGUAUUUUGAGAAAUAAAGGCAAAAGGGUGGAUGACGUUAGAGAAGCAGUUCUCUAUGUUCGAGGUAGAGCCGAGAUGAAAGGCAGAGUACUAGAACCACCGAUCAUGUUGGUUUCUGCGAAGGAUCCUAGAUGCGCAAAAUAUGUUGCAACUUGUGUUGAUUUUUCAACUUCUAUUGCAUUAACAAUGGCUGACGGCGACGCUUAUGUUCGUUUUAAUGAUGAGAUCUUGAAGAAUUUCCGUGUUAAUUUGAGGGAGUUAUCUAGUACACAGUUAACGUCCCCUUAUCCUCUCUCGAAGCUCAAAGAGUUGGGCUUUGAAUGCUACGUGUCAGACCUUCUGACCGGUGAUGCUAAAGUGAUUGAGAUGUUAUGCCAGCAGCAUCGUCUACACACGAUUCCUGUGUUAGGGAGAAACACGAGACAGUUAUCCCCUCGUGUAUUGAAAUUUCUUAUGACACCUGAUGAGAGGGGGAAUCUACGCUUUCGGAGAGUCAUUGCUGGCGACUACAUAUAUGACUUCAAGCGUUCAUCGUAUGGCGCAAGGCAAGUUUUUACCGUCGAUUUUAAAAUGAGUGAGACCAAUCUUUAUAAAGGCAACAUUUUAUCUGACGAGGUUAGAGAGCAGAUUAACAGGGAGAUCAACCAGCUCAAGGAAAACAUACGAAAGGACGAAGAAGAGGUAGAAAACACUAAAGAGAGCGCUGAUAGCCUAGGGAGUGAAUUGAAUGCCAAGAAAGAAAUUGACAGUUCCCUCAGAAGCAAAGCCUCUAAAAUAAACGCUGCACGUGUCGCAGUCACUAGGACAAGACACUCUAUCGAUAGCUUGAAGAGCAAACUGGAAGACUUGAAACGGGAUUCUUCUGUGCAUGUUAAGUCAAAAGUGAACGAGUGCAAGCAACAGAUUGAGAGUGCCAUGAAAAAGAAAAUAAAAUGCAUCUCAGAUGUUACCAAUUUCAUUUCCCAUUUACAGAAACUCGAUAAGGAUGUAAGCCAUGCGACAGUUCAAUACCUGCAAUCAGUUAAUAGCGAACUUUCCAUGAACGAAGUUGUGGCUUUUUUCAAUGAAAAAGAGGUGGAGCUUCGAGCUGAGUACGAAACUGCCAAAGUAAAUUACGCUUCAAUGAAAGACACCACAGAAUAUAAGGAAUGGUUGGCUGACAUAAGAAGUUACUCUAGUUCAGAUAAAGAUCAGCUGGCUACUGUCGCUGAAAAUUAUCAGAGGGAUGGCAAUUUUAAUCUUGCCUUCAUUCAAGGUGUGUUAGACAGCUUGAAAUCAGAAAUCGCCAUGUUCAACGAAGAUGAAUCUGUUUUAGAGAUCUUGCGCCAAACGGAGAAUGAAAUGUCGACCCUCAAUAAUAUAAUACCACGUAAAAAGGAGGCUCUUUAUCAGGUUAGGAAUCAAAUGCAGGAGAAACAGGCUACUUUAGAGCCUGUUCUUGAUGAGAUGAUAAGUAAAAUCUCUAUCAAUUUUGCGAGGCUUUUCAAAAAUGUGGGUAGUGCUGGAGCGGUGAAUCUCAAAAAAGAGCAAUUGUUUGAAGACUGGAAAAUCGAAAUUCUGGUGAAGUUUCGAGAUAACGCCUCCCUAAAAAUGCUGGACUCUCACACCCAGUCUGGUGGCGAAAGGUCUGUAUCCACAGUCCUGUACAUGAUUGCAUUGCAGGAGUUUACGUCUGCUCCAUUCCGGGUUGUGGACGAAAUUAACCAAGGUAUGGACGCCACGAACGAACGUAUUGUUCAUAAAGCGAUGGUCGAGAACGCAUGUGUUGAGAAUACGUCACAGUAUAUCCUAGUGACACCCAAACUAUUGACCCAAUUAUUUUACCACGAGAAAGUUCGAGUACAUUGUGUUAUGGCUGGGCCAUGGCUACCUAAUCCGGUAUCAGAAACAGACAAGGUUCAUUUCGGCCGCUCAUCAGCAUAUGUGCUUUGA